UCCCGUCCAGUCCCGCCCCGCCGCCAUGUUCGCGGCGCCGCUGCGCCGGGCCCGCAGGUGUGUGUUCCUAACAGGGAGCCUGACCAUGGCCUCGGGGGGCACAGCCACCCCCCCCAGCGCCCCUCGUCACACCAACCGCCUGAUUAAUGAGAAGUCCCCCUACCUCCUGCAGCAUGCUCACAACCCCGUGGAUUGGUACCCUUGGGGUCAGGAAGCCUUUGAUAAAGCAAAACAAGAAAACAAGCUGAUAUUCCUGUCAGUUGGCUACUCCACCUGCCACUGGUGCCAUGUGAUGGAGGAAGAGUCUUUCAAGAACAAGGAGAUUGGAGAGAUUAUGAACAAGAACUUUGUGUGCAUCAAAGUGGAUCGUGAGGAGCGGCCAGAUGUGGACAAAGUGUACAUGACCUUUGUGCAGGCGACCAGUGGUGGAGGUGGUUGGCCAAUGAGUGUCUGGCUGACUCCAGACCUAAAGCCCUUUGCAGGGGGGACAUACUUCCCUCCAGAAGAUGGAGUUCAUCGCGUUGGCUUUCGGACUGUCCUGCUCCGAAUCGCAGAGCAGUGGAAGGAGAACAAAGAUGCCCUGCUGGAAAGCAGCCAGAAGAUCCUGGAAGCAUUGCUAGUCACUACUAAGAUCCGUGUGCGGGGCCAGGAGUCACCCCCACCAUCCAAAGAGGUGAUGGCCACCUGUUUCCAGCAGCUCUCCAACUCCUAUGAUGAGGACUAUGGAGGCUUUUCUGAAUCCCCCAAGUUCCCCACUCCAGUGAAUUUGAAUUUCCUCUUCACAUACUGGGCCUUGCACAAAACAACUCCAGAAGGUGCUCGGGCACUGCAGAUGGCUCUGCAUACCCUCAAGAUGAUGGCCCAUGGGGGCAUCCAUGACCACAUUUGUCAGGGGUUUCACCGCUACUCCACUGACCAGCACUGGCAUGUCCCUCACUUUGAGAAGAUGCUCUAUGACCAGGGGCAGCUGGCAGCCACAUACAUCAGAGCAUUUCAGAUCUCUGGUGACAAAUUCUUUGCUGAUGUUGCCCAAGACAUUUUGCUCUAUGUCUCACGGGACCUGAGUGACCAGUCAGGAGGUUUCUACAGUGCAGAAGAUGCUGAUUCCUACCCAACCCCUGAAUCUGGACAGAAACGGGAAGGAGCUUUCUGUGUGUGGACAGCUGAGGAAAUCCGAGCUCUCCUUCCUGACCCUAUUGAGGGGGCAACAGAGGGAACAACCCUAGCAGAUGUCUUCAUGCACCACUAUGGAGUGAAGGAGGGUGGCAAUGUCAACCCCAUGAAGGACCCCCAUCAGGAGCUGAAAGGCAAAAACGUCCUUAUUGCCCGGUGCUCCCCAGAGCUGACAGCAACCCGGUUCGGGCUGGAGCCAGGCUGUCUCGGUGCCGUGCUGCGGGAGGGUCGGCUCAGGCUGGCUGCAGCCCGGGCACAGCGGCCACGGCCACACUUGGACACCAAGAUGCUGGCAGCAUGGAAUGGGCUGAUGAUCUCAGGCUUUGCCCAGGCUGGUGCAGCCCUGGCUGAGCAGCAGUACGUGAGCAGGGCAGGGCAGGCAGCUGCCUUCCUCCAGAGACACCUUUAUGACCCCACCAGUGGGAGACUGCUGAGGAGCUGCUACCAGGGCAAGGAUGGCACGGUGGAGCAGAGUGCUGUGCCCAUUCAGGGCUUCCUGGAAGAUUAUGUCUUCGUCAUCCAGGCUCUCUUUGACCUCUAUGAAGCCUCGCUGGAGCAGAGCUGGCUGGAGUGGGCCCUGCAGCUCCAGCACAUGCAAGACAAGCUCUUCUGGGACCCCAAAGGCUUUGCUUAUUUCUCCAGUGAGGCUGGUGACUCCUCUCUGCUCCUACGCCUGAAGGAUGACCAAGAUGGAGCAGAGCCCACGGCCAACUCUGUCACUGUCACAAACCUGCUCCGAGCCGCUUGUUACUCUGGCCACAAGGAGUGGGUGGAAAAAGCAGGACAGAUCCUGGCUGCUUUUGCAGAGAGGCUGCAGAAGAUCCCAAUAGCUCUGCCAGAGAUGGCCCGGGCCACUGCUGUCUUCCAUCACACCCUCAAACAGGUUGUUAUCUGUGGGGACCCCCAAGGAGAAGACACAAAAGAGAUGCUGCGCUGCGUCCACUCUGUCUUCAGCCCAAACAAGGUGCUGAUGCUGGCAGAUGGAGACAGCGCCGGGUUCCUCCACCGCCAGUUGCCUUUCCUCGCGUCCCUGGAGAGGAAGGACGGGAAAGCCACCGCCUAUCUCUGCAGCAACUUCUCCUGCUCCCUGCCCGUCACCUCUCCCCAGGAGCUGCGUGGGAUGCUCUGCCCGUGAGCUUCUGGGUCCUUCUGCCUGCAGAAAGGCGAGGGGGUGACACGCUGUCACGCCAGCCUGGGGACACGGGGGAGAGACACACAAUAAAGCCACCCUGGGCA